AUGUCGGCAUCUUCUUUGUGCACAUCCACUGAAAGGCCCGUAUAUAUUCUUCUCGCAAUCCUUGUCGCUCUUCCACUUGUUCGCGCAGAUGGCUGGGAUGACUUUUCGAACAAUCUCGCAACCGAUCUCGCGCCGUUUCUGUCCCUCUUUGGUGAACAGAUAACGAAGCAAUACCUCAGCGAGAGCAUUACUGUGAUUGAUUAUUUCAUUUUUGCAAUGGCGCCAAUGGGUAUUCUCACUGCGGUAGUUUCUGCAAUUCGUGUGUGUGGGACUCCAUCGCUACGUGCCUUCAUCGGCAGAGCUCAAGAAGGGGCGGGAAACGCAGAGGCUGAGCUAUGUUCCUCUACGAGUCGGGACGUGUGCGAGCUCUACAACAGUGGUGGCAUUGCCCGCGUCUUUGGCCGCCCAAAGAUUCUAGAGGUUGUUCACGAUCCUGAUCACGAUUUCAGUGAUCCAAAUGAUGCCACAGCGGGAAUAUACACAUUCCAAGAUUACAUUCUUGGAAAAGGUAAGGACUUGUGGAAAGAGGAAAAGCCAAAGAUUAAGCCAAAGAUUAAGACAAACGACGCCGAGUCAGCCCGCGGAUUGGAUCCUCUCCGUGAACCGGAUACUGCCUAUACGCCGUUUGCUCCAAAUCUCUCUCUGAACAUCGGAAUCAAGAAACAAUCGACCGCUGUUUCCCUCGCAAUUGCUGUAGUUGGCUUUCUUCUGCAGGUCGGUGUUUUGAUUUUCGCGGGCAUUGCGACAUACUACCUGAAAUGGGAUAAGGAUGGUAGUCCCCCAGAGUCCUAUGCAUGCCCACUUGUGAUUACUGGGACUGUUCUUGUCUGUGGUGGGAUGUUUAAUUGCGCAUUUCUUGUGGGCCAGAGCACCAAGGAAGAUGUCUGGCAUCGGGAAGAGAAUCACACCGCCAACCCAUCUAUGUAUUGGAUACAGCCUGGGGGUCAAAUCAUUGGAGAUCAAACCUUUGAUGCCUUCUCCUUUACCGACCAUGAGAACAAAUUGAAGAAGUAUACGACCUCAAGGAGAGACGGGUCCAAGGAAUCGAAAUUUGAAGUCUGGGCAGCGAUUGGAACCACUAUUUCUGGCUUUGUCUUGCAGUUUAUCGGCCUUCGGGGUAUACACUCGGCAGUCUCAAUAGCCCAACUAGGAGUCAUUAUGGUCAUGAGUAUGGCAAGAGCUGGACUCCGCAUGCAGCGAUUGGAACCUGAUGACAACUGCUUUGCUAAGUUUCCUGAUCAGGUUCUGGGCCACGAAUUAGACUGGCUCGCCUUGCGUAUUGGCCGAAACGAUAUUGAAAAGGACGUCAAAAAUCACACGGAUCACCCGUCACCAAGGUCGGCAUCUCCUCCUAUCCAGUCACUCACAUCAUCAUAUGUCUCGUCAUUUUCCGGUCGCAAUCUUCAAUGCCGUUACUUCUGGAGACUCCGCGGUGCGCCUGAGACGAACAAAAUCAGCCGCGAGAAUCCAUCUGCCCACGAGCCUAAGAAGGCUGCUGCCAAAUUAUUAGCGUAUCGAACCCGUCUCGCAUCGCUUACUAUUUCAUCUCCCACUCCCGCGAGCAAUUUCAAGAUUGAAAUGGUCGAGGUCCGAAACGAGAGUCAGCAGCUGGCUGCUUUGAUUGAGGCCACCGCGAAAAAGAUUUUCUCAAAGGCCGAAAUCAAGAAAGAAUGGAAGGAUGCCACAUCAAUGUUUUGGGGCAUUGAUUGCACUCUCUACAAACAAAAUGAAGACCUUACAACUUCUUGGAAGAACCACACAGUUUACCUGGAAUUCACUCAAGACCCAGACGAUCCAAGAAAUCCCUGGAUGCUCAAAAGCAAGCUGGAACUAGAAGCGAUACUAGGACUGUGGGUUUGGUCGCUGAAGUCUGAUCCAGCAGUAGAAACCGAAGACACGGUGACUGGUCUCAAGAGAUCCACAACUGAUGAUAUCCAGGCACGGCGGAUUGUCCCAACUGACCAGGUCAGGGAACCAGACCUAGGAAUAUGGCUUGGUGACGACAUCAAUAUUAUCACUGAAUACAAUCUUUACAAUACACCGGCUGACAUUGGAGACGCUGACAUCGGAGACGCGAGUACUGUUUGGACAAAGACAGGCGAGAAAGAUGUGGAGUAUAACAAGAGGAUUUCAUCAGCUGGGCAGCGGCGUAGCCUAUCGCGGGUGCGCUUUUUUGGUUGGAAAGCUGCUCAGUUGUCGCGGAGUCUAGGCUAUGAGACACCCGGCCUUUGGUCCGCUCCAAUAAAAGGUUCACUUGUGUCAAUGUGUGCUCAAGAAGUAUUUGCGUCAUUUAUCACGAGUAUGCUUGACAUUGUGGAUGGCGUUGGACUGGUUGAUGUUCAAGAAACCGAACCUUUUCGACUCGAGAAUAGCCUCGUAGCUGAUAUUGUUGGACUGUUCACGGAGAUGGGAUUAGGCUCAAGACAGGAGGCUCUAUUUUAUGCCCCCCACAGCAAGUACCUUGGCGGUAGCACAAAAAGCGCAGCCCAGCGACGACGACGCAAGGAGUGGAAGAAGGCAGAAAAAAUGCUACGAUGGGCAUGGAGCACCUGCACUCAAUCCCAAUCUACUUGUACAAACCCGGCCUCGGAAGACGGAAUUGCCGAGCAAGCAACAAUCGCUCUGGGCGAGUUAUACCGAUGGGCUUUGGUGGAUGAGACUGGAAACGCAUUCGGCAAGGAUGGAAUCUCCUGGCUCGGGCAGCAAAAGCCUAGCCAAUCGGUAUCUACGUGCAAAGUUAUCGAUCGCUAUGUUGAUGUUGCGAGUCGAUUUGCACAGUAUGAAGUCAAUGAUGCUGGCCUUCUCACUGCGAUGGAAAAGGGCUGCUUGACCUCAGCACUGCUUCUUCUCACCCACCCGGCAUCUAAGAUGGGGAACAAACAGAAAAGAAAGACACUUUUCUUAGCGGCGAAGUACGGAUGGGCUGAGGUGGUACUUGUGUUGUUCGAAUUAAGAAGCGAACCAGACGUUCAAGACGCAGCAGGCAGAACGCCACUGUCAUACGCGGCAGAGAAGGGAAAUUUCGGUGUCGUGAGAGAAUUGGUAGAUUGGGGAAGUUUCCCAAACUCGGCGGACAACCAACAUAGGACACCUUUGUCAUAUGCGUCAGGAGCAGGGUCUUACAUGGUAACUGAGCUAUUACUCAGAGACAACCGUGUUUCUGCGGACAGUAGAGAUAUUAAGGGACGGACGCCGCUAUCGUGGGCGGCAGAGAACGGAUACGACACCGUCGCCAAACAGCUCCUCGAGACCGAUGUCGAUAUAGACGCGGAAGGGGAUUCUGGACGGACGGCACUAUCGUGGGCGGCGGAGAACGGACAUAGCGCCGUUGUCAAACAGCUCCUUGAGGCUGGCGUCGACGGGGAACCGAAAGACGAUUCUGGACGGACAGCACUAUCGUGGGCGGCAACGAACGGACAUAGCGCCGUUGUCAAACAGCUCCUUGAGGCUGGCGUCAACGGGGAACCGAAAGACGAUUCUGGACGGACAGCACUAUCGUGGGCGGCGAAGAACGGACAUAGCGCCGUUGUCAAACAGCUCCUCGAGGCUGACGUUGAUAUAAACCCGAAAGAUAAGGAUGGACGGACGCCACUGUCUUUGGCGGUGGGAAACGGACAUAGCGCUGUUGUUAAACAGCUCCUCGGGGCUGACGCUGAUAUAGACGUGAAAUAUAGGGAUAGACAGACGCCACUGUCGUUGGCGGCGAAGAACGGACAUGACGCUGUUGUUAAACAGCUCCUCGAGACUGGCAAGGUCGACAUAAAUGUGGAAUGCUAUGAUCGACGGACGCCACUGUCGUUGGCGGCGGAAAACGGACAUAGCGCCGUUGUCAAACAGCUCCUCGAGGCUAACGUUGAUAUAAACCCGAAAGAUAAGGAUGGACGGACGCCACUAUCGUGGGCGGCGGAGAACGGACAUGACACUAUUGUUAAACAGCUCCUCGAGACUGGCAAGGUCGACGUGGAUGCGAAAGGCAAUGAUUCACGGACGCCACUGUUGUUGGCGGCGAAGAACGGAUAUGACACUAUUGUUAAACAGCUCCUCGAAACUGGCAAGGUAGACGUGGACACGAAAGGGCAAGGUAAUCGACAGACGCCAUUAUCGUUAGCGGCGGAGAAUGGACAUGACGCUAUUUUUAAACAGCUCCUCGAAACUGGCAAGGUCGACGUGGACGCGAAAGGGCAAGAGGAUCGACAGACGCCACUGUCGUUAGCGGCGAAGAACGGACAUGAUGCUGUUGUUGAACAGCUCCUCGAGACUGGCAAGGUCGACGUGGAUGCGAAAGAUAGUGAUAAACAGACGCCACUGUCGUUAGCGGCGAAGAACGGACAUGAUGCUGUUGUUAAACAGCUCCUCGAGACUGGCAAGGUCGACGUGGAUGCGAAAGGCAAUGAUCGACGGACGCCACUGGCGUUAGCGGCGGAGAACGGACAUGACGCUGUUGUUAAACAGCUCCUCGAGACUGGCAAGGUCAACGUGGAUGCGAAGGGCUAUGAUCGACGGACGCCACUAUCGUUGGCGGCGAAGAACGGACAUGACGCUGUUGUUAAACAGCUCCUCGAGGACGACGUUAAUAUAAACUCGAAAGAUAAGGAUGGACGGACUCCACUGUCGUUGGCGGUGGGAAAUGGACAUGACGCUGUUGCUAAACGGCUCCUCGAGACCGGUAGGGUCGACCCGCACGCGGAAGACAAUAACGGACAGACGUUGCUAUGGCGGCACAUAAACGCGGAGCUGUUGUCAAACUGCUAA